GGUGAAUACAACCUCGGUUUUUUGGUUGCUUUUUUCCUCUUUUGUUUCAUUUUGUUGGAUUUCGUUCUUCGCCAUCUGGUCUGGAAUACCCAGAAACCGUUUAAAACCGGUCGCUGCUACUGUUCUGCGUAAAUCAUUGGGAUAUCUCCUGUUGGACUCUCCUUGGCCGUUUUUCUCAACUUUGAUGAUGUGCGACGCCUGAAUACGCUGUAGUUCUUCCAGGCCAUCUCUUGACUCACUAACCAGCAGUGAAUUCACCGUUCCUCGUACCUCCAUGCUGUACUGAUAGACUGUGCAGUCGAUAAUGUCAAACUAUACCUCUACGCCGUCGUUCGGGGGGUCCUCGAAUCAAUGGCCUCCCACGAAUCCUCUACAAUCUCCAAUGCCUUCGAUAUUCCCGUCUAAUCUCCCUUUCCCUCCGCAUUCAUCUGGCACCCAGAAUGCUCCCAGCAAUACGAACAAUUUUGAAGCGAACUCGCGUCUUCCGGGUCUCGGGGUUGGUGCUCCUGGGCCAUUACCUCCGCCGCCCUUUCCUUUCCCGGGUUCAUUAACACCUUCCCAAUUUCCUCCCGCCCCUUUUCCUUUACAAAUGCCUCUGUUGGGCUAUCCAUCGAUGCCUCUUCCGGUGCAGACACAAACGAAUCCGCCAGCGACAAGUGAAAACACGCCAGGUCACACCGUAAACGCGAUGGGUCGUCGACAGGAUUACCCGGCAAAACCGAGAUCUAAUUAUGACCAGGAAGAAGGCGAACUCACGGAUGGAGAGAAUAUGGGCUUUGCGCGCCCGGGGACUGAGAAGAAGGGCCAGCCUGGGCGCGUUGUAAGCGCGUAUUCCCGCCCUGUCCAGAUGGAGACCGACGCACUGAGUAACAAUUCAACAACGAACGACUUCACUCAAAGCCUUCCCAGGAACUCGGAGGAGGAUGAAGCUUCUGUCUCGCGUGCUUCCUCCAGAGCUAGCGGAUCCCCCUAUAAUCCUCCUAUGUCGGUUACCGCUGCCUCUCCUGUACCUGAGCACAGAUCUGGAUAUAGCGUCAACGAGCAACCAACACCUCCAGGCCAAUAUAACGAAAAGGAACAACCUUGCGCUCACUCCAAUUCCAGAAAGUCGCCAGAUCAACUUCGAAUUCAGGCACAAGGCGCCCUUCUUGGUCUUGCACCUCACAACAUUCGCUUUGAAGAGCUGGUGGGAGAAGGCAUUAACCCGGUAUUGCUUCGACAGUUAUAUGAAGAGGUUGGCAUCAAAGUUCCCACGCUGCCUAUUGCAUCAGAGGAACAGCCCCAACCAGCAGCGACUGGGCCUGUGUCAUUCACCAAUGGAGUGGGCCCCGCGCAGAGACAAGGGACAGAUUCGACAACGAAAAGUUCAAGUGAUUUACAACAAAGUCCUGUAGGACGUCCCGCCUCUGCUUCCCAGUCAGACACCACGAAGCCAAUGGAGCGUAAAGAAGUCAUCGCUCGUAUGCUUGCGGCAAAAGCUGCCAAAGUUCCUGGUCCAUCUCCGUCGCCUCAGGAUGUUUCCAAGGAAAUGUCAACGGUUCCCAGCACAGUGGCACCGUUGAGUGAAAUAUCUGGCAAGGAAAAAGAAAUUCCUGUUAGAGAAAAGAGCAAGGCUCAAACUGAACUGGCAAGGCAGCGAAUUGAGCAACUUAAGAAGCAAGGAUUGAUGAGAAACCAGAAAGCACAGCAGGAACACGCUUCUCAAGACCAGUCGUCGCAAACUGCCGCACCACCUCCAAGCGUCCCUAUUGCGGGGCAGCAUCCAUUACCUGAACGGCCUCCCGAACGUGAGGUUUCUUCUACUCGUCUUCCCGGUCUAUUCAUGACAGGGUCAGACCAGCUUCCAGCUCCUAACCCUCAUGCUACGCCAAUUCAAAAUCUUCCACUUGACCCGACUCCGCAACCCCGAGUAACUCAACGCAAACGUCCUCGCGCAUCCGAUUUUGACGAGAUCAAUGAUUUUUCGAGAAGGGAUUUCAGUCAUGGUGCGGGGGAUGCGGCUCCCGGGGAUAGGCUUGUGAUAGACAUCAGUGACGAUGAGUUCUAUGAAGAAAACGAAGAUGAUGAAAUGGAUCUUGAAGAGCCCCAAUCGCAUGGGAACAUUUCAUCGUCCGCCGAAUUCCCUACGUUUCUGACUCCUCGAAAUAACGACCAGGAACACCUUCGCCAGAAGGAUAUGGAAAUACAAGCAAUGCACCGCAGGAUUGCAGAACUUGAGCAACGAAAGAAAGCUAAACUAGAUGUUAAUUACUUUCAAUCUCCUCGUGCUACCAACACCUCAUCUUUACCUAUCACAAACCAUUCGAUGGAUGUGGACCUCGAAUCAGACGAUGUUACUCCAGCGGGGCCCACAAUUGCGAAUGAGCAUAAUGACGACGGCGUUGGCGUUGGUAUCGGAGCCGCACUCCUGGAACAAGAAACUUCCUGGCGGAAUGGACCUAUCGCUGUCCCGCCGACGAAACCCCUCGCCUCGAUGGACUCAACAGAGUUGCAAACGAUACGCUCCAAAAUCCUUCGCAAACAAACAAUUGAAUCGGGACUUCCCGAAUUGGAUGCUGAAAUAGCGAGUUCUGAGGCGAAGUUAUUUCUGCUAAAGCAAGAGGAAGAUAAUACGCUUUCGACAAUUGCAAAGGGGAAACAGGGACGUCGGCAGCUUAUUCGCGAGUUGGAAGAGUUGGGCAUUGAAAUCAAUGGCUUGACGCUCAAUGAGCUUGACGCAGCUCAAAGCAAAUUGGAAAGCGACGAAACAUCAUUGCCUGCAGAAAAAGCACCACCACCCUUGGCACCGAUUGUAAACGAGGAUGGUUUUCCCAUGGCAGAUAUUCCUUUGCCUACGGAGAAGGGCCGAGAAGAACCCCAAUCCAUUGAAGAAACAAGACCGGUCGAGCAAGAAUCACAGGCGGAGCCAGACCAUCAUCCGACCCUUCCUGCCGAUUUCGAACGGGAAGCAUCACAUGCGUACUCUGAUUCUACAGGGUCGUCAAUGGAUGAGUCUACGGAUACCUCCAGUGUCAGCUCCGACUCCGAUGGUCAGGAAGAAUCAAUCGACGAAGACGUGCGUAGCCCUGGGCGUGAUUUUGCUGAAGAUGCGGAAACGCCCGCCGGAGAUGAGGAAACACAAAAGGAGGCUCGCACAAAGAGCCACCCACUUUUAUCUGGAUAUGCGCCAGCUCCCGAUUAUGGCUCGUCGGGAGAAGAAUCUUAUGAGCCUGGUGACGUUGACGGAGAUGAUCGCAUGUCUUCUGCCGAAUCAGAGGGGUAUGAACCACCAGAACCAGAGCAGGAUUCAGGCUCAGUGGAAUCUGAAUAUACGCCGCCUCCUCUUAGCGGGGAAGAACCCGAAGUGUCUCCCGGACCUCUUCCUAAUCAGUCUCAGACUGAGCCACUGACGGGAGAUAGUGCGGACUCAGGUCAUUUGCAGGUUGGGGCCACUUGAAGAUGACUCGAGCUAUCUAUAAAGCAUGGAAUAGCUGACAUGCCUUCUAGAAUGCGCCGGAAGUCCAGGUCCCUGACCAUAAGUUCACGCCGUACGAAAGCCCGCUCAGGCAUUUCAAAUCCUAUCGCUA